AUGCCGGACGAAGCCGCCGCCGCUUCCAGCCACCCACGUGCCGCCACGUCACCCCCGGCCACCGCGCCGCCGCCGCCGCCCGCCAAGCCCGUGGCCGGCCCUCCCCGCGGCCCGCGCGCUCUCCACGCCGCCCGGCGCCUCCUCCCGCAGCUCCGCCCGCCGGGCCCCGCGCCGCUGCCGCCCUCCGCCGCGGUCGCCGCCCGGGCCGGUGAACUCCGGCGCCGCCGCCGCCAUCCGCCGCGUCUGCCGUCGCCGCGCGCCCCGGUCGCCGUCCGGCCACGCCACCGCCCGGUCGCCGGCCCUCUCCUCCGCCACGCCGCGCCGUCGCCUCGCCUCCUCUCCCUCCGGCCGCCUCCCCGCACUCCGGCGAGCUCCAACUCCGGCGGCCCGAGCUCCCUCGGCCAGAUCCGAUCUGGGAUCCUCUACGGUUGA